UAUCAAACUUUUGUUGUAUAGCAAAAGUACGCGAAUUUUCUUGAAAAAUUUGAAUAAAUGAUAAAAUAACUAAAAUCCGCUAUGGAAUCAGCGCAGGCAACGAAGCCGGCUGAGGUGGAGAGUCCGGCCAAAGUGGAAAACGGGGACUCGGGCCAGGAUUUAAACCAUUUCGAAGAGAAAUCAACUGAAGACGUGGAACUGAAAGCGAAUUUUAUUGAACAGCAGCUGGAAGAAAGCGCUGAGAAAAUUGAGACUCCAGAAGGCAAGCUAGAACACCAGGAUGAGGCUAAAAUAGAGCAGGAUCUUAAAGCAGCAGUCCUAGAGCAGGUGCCAGUGGAACAUGAGGUACUCAGUGUGCGAUUCAAGGAUUUGCAGGGGCAGGAAAACGAGGAGGAACUGCACCAGACGCCUUCGAAACCGCCGCCAAACGACAUUUUGUCCCAUGUCCACUGUAUGGCGCAAUUGGAAGAACAGCGUCGAAACUUUGAGCUGCAAAUGGAUCAACUGCGAACCUCCAACAUGCAAAAAGAUAACAUGAUCACACUCAUUCAGAGGGAAAACGCAAUCCUAGGUAAAGAGAAGCAGGCUUGUCGCAAGGAAAUGGACAUGGCCAACAAGGAGAAGGAAGCCACUGUCAUCAAGUUCGCCAUGAAGGAGAAGCUACUUAUCGACGCCAAGAAGGAAAAAGAGGUCGUAGAGAAGCAACUGGCCGAGGCCAAAAAGGAGAUCAAGAACGUAUCCACUAGAUUCCAGGCUGUCAACGAAGAAAAGUCCCGCAUGACGUAUAUCAUCGAUGAAAAGUGCAACGAAGUCAGAAAGUAUCAGAGGGAGUGCGAAAAGUACAAAACUGAAAUGGGCCAUUUGGAGUCCAAGCUCAAGUAUCAUAUAAACAAACUAAACAUCGAAACAGAGGCGAAGGCGGUGGUAGAACGAAAACUCGAAGAAGAAAAGAACGCGCCCAAUAAGCUUGAGGAAAAGGCAAAUGAAAAAUUAAGAAUGGAAUUUGAAGCCAACACAAUACUCUUGAAACACGAAAUCACUAGCAAGACUGAGGCUUUGGAUAAAGUCACCAAGGAGCAGCAAAAACUAAGCGAAUCCAACAGGGAACUGCAGCAACAGCUCCAAGAGAUAACCACAGAGCAUAAUCAGCUAACCGAGGAAUUUAAUCGCUUGAGAGAACUGCAAAAUUCUGUGGAGGCAUCCUACAGUGACGAGCUGCUAAACUCCGCCAAAUUGAGGGGACAACUUGAAGAACUUCAGCUUCUGCGUACCCAGAACACCAUAAACGAAGAAAAACUGGCAGAGGAACAAAAGCGAGUUCAAAAACUGGAACAAUUGGCUCAGGAAAACGAAUUGGAUCUCGAACAACUAAAAGUCAAGAAACAAGAGCUGUUAACAAUCAACAAGGAAAUGAGUGAGCUAAUUGUUCGGUUGCAGAACGACAUUUGUCUUGCUGAGGCCAAGGCGCAAGGGCUAGAUGCUGAAAACAAGUUGCUUAAGCAGGAGAAGCUCACUUACGACUCCAAGUACAAUCAACUGGAGCAGCAGCUAAGUUCGGAGGCAUCGGAGAAAACGGAAGAGCGCUUGCUUUUGGCCAAGCAUUUAUCAGAGAAGACCAAGUUAUACGAGCUGACCAAGCAAAAGUUGGAGGAUGUCCGGGGGGACUUUGAGGCCACCCAGCACAAGCAUGCAACCGUACUAAAAGAGCUCCACCGAGAGCUCAACAAGUACAAAAGGGGGAUCGCGGAAACUAAGUCCCCUAUCAGCUACUGCAGCAAUUGCCAGCAGGCGAUCAAUGGCUACCCAACGGAGACCCCCCAGCAUCGUAGUCACAGUCGCUCCAGUAGCCAUGGUAGCAUGCACAGUGGCAGUCGGAGAGCCAGCGAAUCUUCCGAAUCGGAAACCGUAGCCAGUAGUGCGACCACUGUCCAACAAGCUCCACCACAGCAAGAACUCCAAGCGGUGCCGUCCAAAAAAGUCCUUGUGGAGCGGAUUCUGCGCCUGCAGCAAGCCACUGCCCGCCAAACCGAACGCAUCGAGUUCCUGGAGAACCACACGGCCGCUCUGGUGGCGGAGGUGCAAAAGAAAUCCAAGGUGGUGCAGCACUACAUGCUUAGGGAUCAGACUGCCGGCGCGUUAACAACCUCACGAAGCGAUCAGAACAAGAGCGAGCUGGUCAAAUACGGGAACGGGAUCAUGGCGGCCAUUUAUGGCGGAUCUACGAAGUCGGGCGGCGAGAACAAGGCCAUGUCUCUGGAACUCUCCCUGGAGAUCAACAAGAAGCUGCAAACAGUGCUGGAGGACACGCUGCUGAAGAAUAUCACGUUGAAGGAGAAUCUUGAUGUGUUGGGACUCGAAGUGGACAAUCUCACGAGGAAGUUGCGCUGUCUGGAGGCCAACGGAAAGUAAUGCCAGUCUUCUUUUACAAUGUAUUCCAUUCCAGAGUCUAACCCAUGUAUAGAUAGUGUACAAAUUGUAUGUGCUUAAGUUUAAAUGUAUAAUAUAUGUAUUUAAUAUUUUAACAA